UUUGAAAAGACCUUCGUUUCCCGCGCUCCAUAUUUCUCUUUUUUCUUUUAAUCUUUUCGCGAUUGCGGUCUCUUCGUUUACAGCUCCUCUAUACCAUGUCUUAAAAAAAAAAACCCUAUUUUGUUUGCCCUGGUUGUUCAAAACCUUAUUUCAGCUAUUUUUUUCUGUAUUAUGAGUUUUUAUUUAUCAGGGGUUUCUGCGACAUUAACGGGAGUUGCCAUGGAAAGUGAUAUCCCCAUGACUGGUGCCGAGUCCCCUUUGACCCGUAGAAAAGAGAAACCGAGGCUUUUCAUAAAGGAAAUGGUUAUGAAGAAUUUCAAAUCAUAUGCUGGGGAGCAAAGAGUUGGCCCUUUCCAUAAGAGCUUUUCAGCUGUAGUUGGUCCUAAUGGGAGUGGGAAAAGUAACGUUAUUGAUGCCAUGCUCUUUGUAUUUGGGAAGCGAGCUAAACAGAUGCGACUGAACAAAGUUUCAGAGUUGAUACACAACUCAACCAAUCACCAGAAUUUGGAUAGUGCAUGCGUAUCAGUUCACUUUCAGGAAAUUAUUGAUUUGGAGGAUGAGGCUUAUGAACCUGUGGCUGGAAGUGACUUUGUCAUUACUAGAGUUGCUUUUCGUGACAAUUCUUCAAAAUAUUAUAUAAAUGAACGAUCCAGUAAUUUUACAGAGGUCACCAAGAAACUGAGAGCGAAAGGGGUGGACCUCGACAACAAUCGCUUUCUGAUUCUUCAGGGAGAGGUGGAGCAAAUCUCACUGAUGAAACCAAAGUCCCAAGGUCCUCAUGAUGAAGGAUUUUUAGAAUACUUGGAGGAUAUUAUCGGAACAAACCAAUAUGUUGAAAAGAUUGACGAAUCCAGUAAGCAGCUGGAAUUGCUCAGUGAGAAAAGAUCUGGUGUAGUACAAAUGGUCAAAUUGGCAGAAAAAGAGCGAGACAAUUUGGAGGAUGGUAAGAAUGAAGCAGAAGCCUUUAUGCUCAAGGAGCUAGUGCUCUUGAAAUGGCAGGAGAAAGCUACCAAGUUGGCAUCUGAAGAUGCCGCUUCUCAUGUAGUUGAGUUACAAGGAAAGGUCUCCAGCUUGGAGCAAAAUCUCAAGGAUGAAAGGGAGAAAUAUAAGCAAAACUCUAAAACAUUGAAGGAUCUUGAGGCUGUGUACAAUAAGUAUCAAAAAAGACAUGAGGAACUUGAUAGUGGCCUCAGAACUUGUAAAGAGGAAUUUAAGGAGUUUGAAAGGCAGGAUGUGAAGUACAGGGAAGAUUUGAAGCACAUGAAGCUAAAAAUUAAAAAAUUAGAAGAUAAAAUUGAGAAGGAUUCUGCUAAAAUCAAGGAAGUGGAAAAGGAGUCUGAAGAUUCAAAAGAGUUGAUUCCAAAACUUGAAGUUGAGAUAACUAAAUUGUCACAGGUUCUGUCAGAAGAAGAGAAGAUUUUGGAAGAAAUAAAGGAGAGCUCAAAAGAAGAAAUCGAAAAAUAUCGUUCAGAACUUCUGGGGGUUCGUGUGGAGUUGGAACCUUGGGAAAGACAGUUGAUUGAAUGCAGAGGAAAGCUUGAUGUUGCUUCAGCUGAAAGCAAGCUUUUAAAAGAAAAGCAUGCUGCUGGUCGCAAGUCGUUUGAGGACGCCCAACUUCAAAUGAAUGAUAUAAAGGAGAAAAAAAGAGUAAAGAAUGCAGAUGUCCAGCACAUUCAAACUGAAUUGGAUAGAUACAAAGUUGAUGCCUCUGAGGCUCGAAAGGAAGAACAGGUUUGUUUGAAGAAGGAAGAAUCACUUAUUCCUCUUGAGCAAGCUGCUCGACAGAAAGUUUCAGAAUUGUCUGCAACUCUGGAUUCCGAGAAGAAUCAGGGAUCUGUUUUAAAAGCAAUACUAGAAGCAAAAGAGUCGAAGCGAAUAGAGGGUAUACAUGGUCGACUUGGAGAUCUGGGUGCAAUUGAUGGGAAGUAUGAUGUUGCUGUAUCGACAGCAUGUCCUGGACUUGAUUAUAUUGUGGUGGAGACCACUGCUUCUGCCCAAGCAUGUGUUGAGUUGCUUCGAAGGAAGAAUCUUGGAGUUGCAACUUUCAUGAUAUUGGAGAAACAACAAAACCAUCUACCUAUGUUGAAGAAGAAAGCGCAAACGCCUGAGGGAGUUCCACGCCUCUUUGAUCUGAUAAGGGCUAAGGAUGAUCGGAUGAAGCUCGCUUUCUUUGCUGCAUUGAGGAAUACUGUAGUUGCCAGUGACCUUAAUCAGGCUACUCGAAUUGCAUAUGGUGACAACGGAGAAUUUCGCCGUGUGGUGACAUUGGAGGGUGCUCUUUUUGAGAAAUCAGGGACCAUGAGUGGUGGAGGUGGAAAGCCUAGAGGGGGACAGAUGGGCACAUCUAUUCGAGCCAGUGUUUCUGGAGAAGCUGUGGCAAAUGCCGAAAAAGAGCUUAGUGAGUUGGUCGAACAGUUGAGAAGCUUACGUCAAAGACUUGGUGAUUUGGUGAGGCAGUAUCAGGCCUCAGAGAAGGCUUCAUCUCGUUUAGAAAUGGAAUUAGCAAAAGCACGAAUGGAGAUUGAUGGAUUAAAUGCUCAGUAUUCUGAUAUAGAGAAACAGCUUGAUUCGUUGAAAGCUGCAUCACAUCCUAGAAAAGAUGAAUUGGAGAGACUGGCUGAGCUUGAUAAAACCAUCGCUGUUGAAGAAAAAGAGCUUGAAAGGCUUCUGAAGGGAUCUAAAAAUCUUAAGGAGAAGGCUUCUGAGCUUCAAAAUAAAAUUGAAAAUGCUGGUGGCGAUCGGCUGAAGAAACAAAAAUCGAAAGUUGAUAAACUUCAGUCUGAUAUUGAUAAGUCCAAUACUGAGAUAAACCGUUGCAAGGUUCAGAUUGUGACUGGUCAGAAAACUGUAAAAAAACUUCAAAAGGCUAUUGAAGAGUCAAUAAAGGAGAAAGACAAAGUUGCUGAUGAUAAAGAUACGAAGGUAGCUGGAUUCAAAGAGGUUGAACAGAAGGCUUUCAUAGUGCAGCAAAACUACAAAAAGACGCAAGAGCUCAUAGAAAAACAUAAAGAUGUGCUGGAGGGAGCCAAGGAGGAGUACAAUAAACUGAAAAAGUCCAUGGAUGUGUUACGAACUGCCGAGGUGGAUAUAGAAGAUAAAUUGCAAGAUAUGAAGAAGCUCUUAAAAGACUGGGAAAUGAAAGGAAAGGGCUACACAAAAAGGCUUGAAGAUAUAAACAAAGAUCUAAAUAAACAUUUAGAUCAAAUCAGGAUAGAUGGUAUAGAUCCUGCAAAGCUGGAGGUUGCCCUAAAUGACAGCACGCUAGCUGAAACUUGUGCUCUUGAAAGAGCACUUGAGAAUGUUGCAUUAUUCGAAGCACAGCUCAAGGAGAUGAACCCAAACCUGGAUUCCAUUCAAGAGUACCGGAGAAAAGCCUCUGUAUACAAUGAACGUGUGGAGGAGCUAAAUGCUGUGACCCAGGAACGUGAUGAUCUGAAGAAGCAGCAUGAUGAACUCAAGAAAAAGCGAUUGAAUGAAUUCAUGGAAGGAUUCAACAAAAUAUCUCUGAAGUUAAAGGAAAUGUACCAGAUGAUCACCCUUGGAGGGGAUGCAGAGUUGGAGCUUGUAGACUCUCUCGAUCCUUUUUCUGAAGGUGUGGUUUUUAGUGUCCGGCCUCCUAAGAAAAGCUGGAAAAAUAUCGCUAAUUUAUCUGGAGGUGAAAAGACAUUGAGCUCAUUAGCUCUGGUUUUCGCACUGCAUCACUACAAACCAACACCGCUUUAUGUGAUGGAUGAAAUUGAUGCAGCCUUGGAUUUUAAGAAUGUGUCCAUUGUGGGUCACUAUGUGAAAGACCGCACCAAAGAUGCCCAGUUCAUAAUUAUAAGUCUGAGAAAUAAUAUGUUCGAGCUAGCGGAUAGACUUAUUGGCAUUUACAAAACGGAAAACUGCACGAAGAGCAUCACUGUCGAUCCAAUGAGUUUUGCGCUUCAAGGGGGAGCUGCUUGAGAUUUUGAUGGAAGUGACAUGUGGGGAGUCUCUCUCACCACGUCAAUACUGAUAUUGUGCAGGAGAGAGAGAGAUCAAGGUUGUAUCUUGGAAGUGUACAACAUUUUGUUGACUGAAUUAUUCCUCUCUCUCUAUCACUCUAUUUUAAUGCUGACAUUGUGUAGGCUACUGCUCAGCAUGGAGAGAGAGAGGGAGCUUCCUUCUGUUAAUGCAUUACAAUGUACACCUCUCUGGUGACUAGUUUCACAACAUUAGGUUGAGUGAAACAAAUUUCAUGUUAUUAAGAUGCA